UUGCUCUUCAUAGCUUUAAUUCACAGAGAGUCAUGAGAAUAUGUUCAGAUGUAUUCGGCAGGACUCAGCAGGACGCUCUGGAUCUCACUAGCUGUUUGGUUUGGAUUACUGUUCACGUCUGGACCGGGAGGUGUAAUGUUAUCCAGAUAACAAAUCAGCAUUGUGUUGUUCUACAUUGGGUCACAUUGAGACCUUUCUGCCCUGAGCAGCUCUGGAUCUCAGGAAGCCGGCAGAGCUGUGUCCAUUAUUUAAGAAAGAAAUGUCUAAUUUGACAAUCACAGCAGCUCAAAGGAAACUCCUCAUCUGAAUAUGCAUUAAUAUUUUAUCUAAAGCCUGUGAUCCCGGAGCUCUUUUCUUAACUGAGGAAGAAGUUUGAGGGGGAAAAAACAUUGAGACGUUGGAGAGGCGUUUACUGAAAGACAGGAGACAUGGACGCAGCGAACGACUGUAAGAAUGAUUGUCAGAAGGAGUUGACUGGUAUGCUGAGCUGCUUUUUUGGCUUGGUCACCGGCUCUUUUGCUCAAGACAGCAGUGACAGUGACCUUGAGCUGUCCACGGUGCGGCAUCAGCCCGAGGGUCUGGAGCAGUUGCAGGCACAGACCAAAUUCACCAAGAAGGAGCUGCAGUCCCUAUAUAGGGGUUUCAAAAAUGAGUGCCCAAGUGGUUUGGUUGAUGAGGAAACUUUCAAGACCAUCUACUCCCAAUUCUUUCCCCAAGGCGAUGCCACCACAUAUGCCCAUUUUCUGUUUAAUGCAUUUGAUCUCGACAGAAAUGGCUCAAUCCGUUUUGAGGAUUUUGUGAUUGGUCUGUCCGUGUUGCUGAGAGGAACAGUCACUGAAAAGCUCAACUGGGCUUUCAACCUUUACGACAUCAACAAGGAUGGAUACAUCACUAAAGAGGAGAUGCUGUUAAUCAUGAAGUCAAUCUACGACAUGAUGGGCAGGUACACAUACCCCAGUGUGCGAGACGAAGCUCCAUCUGAACAUGUGGAAAAGUUCUUUCAGAAAAUGGACAGAAAUCGAGACGGUGUGGUCACUAUUGAGGAGUUUAUUGAGACCUGUCAGAAAGAUGAAAACAUCAUGAACUCCAUGCAGCUCUUUGAAAAUGUGAUAUAGCCCAAAAAUGGAUCACCGUAAAGCUGAAACAGCCCUCAACGUCCCAAAACGAGAUCUCUCUAUCUGUCUAUAUACCAAACUAGCACAGCAGUCACUCUCUGUAUUGUCCUGUAGCACUAAUCUCAUGCCUGCUGCACUCUGUAGAAAACUAUAGACCAACACUUAGCCUACAAUAUGGCGUCACAAUUUAUACUUCACAGCGGGACUACUAGCCUAGCAAAAAAAAAAAAAAAAAGAAGAGCCAGGAUGGCUGGGAUCCUUCCUGUUGCUAAAUACAAGCAACAAAAUAAUGGAACUUUUAAGCCGAAGGAACAAACAAAGUAGCAAAGCCACGUUUUGUAUCACCGGUUGAUGGAUUCCAAUGGAGUCGCCAACGUCCAAAUGAAAACCAUCACCGAUCUGGACUGCUGUCUUCUGCCUUAUGAAUGAGGGACAUUACAAGACUCAAUCUCAGCCUUUCAUAGUUUGAAGGAGGCUAACUAUGGAUUUCAAGGGAGAUGAUCUGAAGCACACCAGAGACUAAACACGUAAUACUCACCAAAAGAAUAGAAGAAAAUAAGCGACCUGAAGCAUGCCUGUCCAAAUACGUGAGAUAUUUGUGAUUUUCUUGCAUGGAGACUGACAAAGUUGUACAUUUUUCUUCCUCGUAAAGCCAGUAGGUCCCACAGAAGACUGUAAGCAAACUAAAGCAACUGUAUGCGUGACGUUACAUAGUGUACUAGUGUUUAUAAGUUCUGCUCAAACUUGUAUUGCACAUAUCAAUGGGGCCAGGAUGGUUUGUUUGGUCACAUUUGAUUCUUGCACAGCAAUGAGGUAUAUGAAGUUAUAUUUACAGCAUAGGCAUUUUAGAGAUAUAGAAAGUUGUGUUUUAUUUUAAGGAAUGUGUUUAUUUGUAAGGUGGUGUCUAAUGGAAUGCAGGGUUUGGGCAUGAAUUGACAUGCCCAGGUUAUUAUUAAAAAAUGAUUUGGAUUUUGCUAUAUAUAUAUAUAUAUUUGAAACAGACUGUGAUAUAUAUAUACUGUACAAGAAACUUAUUUUAUUGUUAUUAUUAUUAUUAUUAUUAUUGUUUUAUUUUUCAUUUUGCCCAUUUGUUUUUAUUCAUAAGGGCAGCUUUAGGCAUCUCAUUCUCAUUAUCAGGAAUAUUAUAACUCUAUACGUUCACAGACCAGUCCCCUACUUUAUUUGCGAAUAGUAAACAACUAUUGUCUACUUUUUAAAGGACUAAAACUAAAUUGUAAAAGCUUUUAUUUGUUUGUUCUUUUUUUCACUCGGUUGAAGCAGAUUCAUGUAGAUUUAUUGAAUAAAAGAUGCACUACUGUUGAUCAA